AGUGAUGCCUCUAUAGAACUGUAUCAGCAGCUUCUGGGGUAGGUUGAACUUCCUGAACUGAUACAGAAGGUACAUCCUCUUCUGUGCCUUCUUGUUGAUGGUGCUGAUAUUGGACGUCCACUUCAGGAAAAAUUCCCUUUAACAGAAGAAACCUCUGACAGAACCAGGCUCUUGGUGGGCAGCCAUACUGCCUUGGUCUUUUAGGGUGAGUUGACAGAGGAGAGGAAAAAAACAUCAAGACACAACAAACAAGCAAGCACUUAAUGUGGCCAGUGAAAUGCUGCACCAUCUUCAUCAUAGACCAGUGUUCCCAAAUAGGUCCAUUCCUCAUCUGUGGCCCUCACUUCCUGAAAGAUAAAUACACAGAGAUCAGUUUAAAAGGUCAUAUGCACUGUGGAAAUAACACAACUAUGCAGGACAUCUUUGUGAUAACAGAAUGCGUCAUUUAGAUAGAAAACUGCAUUGGUGCACUUGCAAUGUUUCUGCAGGGGGACUGGCUUUUUGUUAUGGUAUGAGUGUCAUGUGAAUGAUGGAGACUGGGUAGGUCAGGGAGAUGAACAAACAUGGCCAUGGUCCAGUGAAAAACUCCAACAUUGCUCAGGACAUAAUGAUGAAGGCCUAAUUACAGUACGCUUUAGAACAAUGACUAAUACUCUAACAAUAUAUGAAUGUAGCUGUGUAAUUCAUACCUGAAUCACUCUCUGUUGUGUUUUAGAUGUAUCCCUCCAGGAGAAUUUUCUAUCCUAUCAGUAGUCCAAUGUAAUUUUGGGGCCAAUAUGUGCCCAAAGAGCGAUGCUGCAAUAUGCUGGCACCUGCAUCACAACCAGUGGCAAAGUUAGGAGGGUGUGAUGUUGCCAUGGAGCCACAGAAUAACAACCAGCCCACAUUAGACAACCACAACAAUCUCUGCAAAAUAGCAACUCAGGAGAAUCAGCUAAAUGUGCCAAGCUGUAAAUUUUGCUCCACUCUGGCAAACUUCCGGAUUGAGAAGAAGAUUGGUCGGGGCCAGUUCAGUGAGGUCUACAAGGCCACCUACUUGCUGGAGGGACAAUUGGUUGCACUCAAGAAAGUCCAGAUCUUUGAAAUGAUGGAUGCCAAGGCUCGUCAGGACUGUGUUAAAGAGAUAGAUCUACUGAAGCAGCUGAAUCACCCCAAUGUAAUCAAAUACCUGGACUCCUUCAUUGAAGACAGUGAGCUCAGUAUUGUUCUGGAGCUGGCAGAUGCUGGAGAUCUGUCCCAGAUGAUCAAGUACUUCAAGAAGAAGAGGCGACUCAUCCCAGAGAGGACAAUAUGGAAAUAUUUUGUGCAGCUGUGCAGCGCUCUAGAACACAUGCAUUCACGCAGAAUAAUGCACCGUGAUAUUAAGCCAGCCAACGUGUUCAUAACAGCCACAGGGCAGGUGAAGCUGGGUGACCUGGGAUUAGGCCGCUUCUUCAGCUCUAAAACAACUGCAGCUCAUUCCUUAGUGGGGACACCUUACUACAUGUCACCGGAGAGGAUCCAUGAGAAUGGCUACAACUUUAAGUCAGAUAUCUGGUCCCUAGGUUGCCUUCUGUAUGAGAUGGCAGCGCUGCAGAGUCCAUUUUAUGGGGACAAGAUGAACCUCCUCUCUCUCUGCCAGAAGAUCGAACAGUGUGACUACCCUCCUCUCCCACCUGACCAUUACUCUGAGAAGCUGCGGAACCUGGUUAGCAUGUGCAUUAACCCAGAGCCAGACCAGCGGCCGGACAUCGUCUUUGUGCUGCAAAUUGCCAAACAGAUGCAUGUGUGGACUUCAAGCACCUGAGCAGCACUUGUGUUCCAAACCUCCUCUGUGCCCAGUCUGAGGUGCUCAGUCCACUAGACCUUGACCUCAGUCCACCUAAAUCCACUUGAUGUAAGCUCUGCCUGGUCUUGCAGAAAAGUGUUUUGCCUUGAUAAGAGGACAUGGGAAGACUUGGAAAGUGGACGGUGAUGUUUCCACAUCUAAGCCACCCACUCAUUUUCAGUCACAGAGGAUGUGAAGAGAUAGCGUGUGGAGUAGCACUUGUGGGAACCACACUUCUUCAUUUGUGAGGUAACUGCAUAUACGUAGUUUUAACUUACUUCAGCUAAGGAUGGAGAGCGAUGUCUCGCUAUGAUCCCAGAUUUCUCUAAGCUUUCUUUUGAACUCCUCAGCAAUUGCAUUCCAAGUUCAUAUUCUGUGUUUCGGGUAAAUAUGCAGUAGAGCAGGGCAACUACAUUGUCAUUGUUAUCAUACUUUUUUUAAUUAAGUCAUCAAUUUAAGUACAAAGUUGAAUGGUAUAAAUGGAGGAUUAGUAAAUACUUAAUAGCAAUUUUUGAUGCAGAUGAGCUGUGAUAUGCUUAUUUAAUUUUGUCAUAGGGUCUUCUAGGCCCUGUGCAUUAAGAUAGUCAUUUAUCUUAUUAUUUUCAAGUUAUAGAUCUCUACCCCUGUUUCUCCCCAAAUAAUGUAUUAAUUUGAAAUUAUGAUCUUAACUCAAUGUCUGUAGCUUUUCCUAGUGCUUUCAACUACAUCUCAUAGUCGUCCUUGGUGGAUUACUUUACUCUGAAUGUGUUAGCAACACAUCCCGCACACACAGAGCAACAUUAUCAUUUUUUUUUUUUUUUUGUGCACCAGAAUAUUCACUCUCCUUUUAUCUUUGUUGUUGCUAUUAUAAUUCAUGCUGACAAACAGUUAUGCAAUUAUCAAUCUUGUUAAGAGGAAUAGAUUUGUUGAUAUUAUUGUGAGUACACAUCAGUGCUCAUCACAAGUGCAGUUACUGGGACAGACCCUUUGUCUGCUGUUUUGUGCUGGGCACGUAGCGUAGAGUGGGUUUAUCAGAGCCGUUCCCUGCCAGUAUUGGGCGAGAGGUGGAGCACACCCUUCACAGGUUGGCAUUUAACCUAACCUGCAUGCCGUUGGACUGUGGGAGGAGAAAACCUAUGCAGACAUGAGGAAGAACAUGCACACAGAAAGGCACCACUGGGCCUUAGUGUUCGAACCCUGGACCACUGCAGCACUGUGCCAAUAAUGAGCAAUAUGGUGAUGUAAAAUUUCACCAUGAUACAGAUUGGAUAGAUAUCCACACUGGAAUACAUUAUCCCCCUUCAUUGUUCUUCUUGAUUGUUGACAAGUGCACAGUGGCUUGAAGUAUUUUAAUUCACAUUUUUAGCCAAGACAUUAUCUAAGUAUAAACUGUCUGUUGACCUGUAACAGCAGCUGAUUACUUUUUAAUGGUGCUACACGCUGUGAGGGCUUUGUACACACUAGUAAUAUUUUGACUCCAGCUCUAAAAAAUUGUUGAAUAGUCAGAGCUGAAAAUGCUGCAGUGUGUUUAAUGCUACUUGGCCUGUGAAAACAGUGGAGGCCCUGAUGAUACCACUGGGCCUCAUUCACCAGUGUCUUUCUAAGGUUGUUCUUAGAUUUGUUACUUAUUCCUAAAAAAAUCCCUUAAGAAAAGUUUACAUCUGAGUCAUGAACACAUUCUUAAAGUUAACUUAACUUAAAAUUGUUCACUCCUUUGUUCUUAUGACAAACCCCAUGUGUUCAUAAGUUGAAAGCACAUGCCAGUCGUUCCUAAUUAGCAUAGGUUAACACCACACUAACGCCCAUAAAAGGGCAUGAGACUGCAGGGCCAUGUGCACAUACAGGAAUUUCACGCAGAAAUUGAAAAGAAAAGCUCCUAAGUGUGUGUAGGCUGUUACCAAAAAAUCCCAGAUAAGAAAACACUGGUGAAGGCCAGAAUCUUUGUGAAAACUGUCAGGGCAUCAUCACCUCUGCUGUUUCAGUUUUGUGACCAUUCUUUUUUAAAAUGUCUCACCAUUACAGAUGUGCAACUUUAAAUUGCUAAUAACAAGCCAAUGAAGUUGUGAUCUUCAGAUAAUAAGCCUAAAAAUGUAAAUGUUGACCAGCAUCAUCCACCACAGCUACUCUUGGCUUCCAGUUGUCUGGAUAUUUGAAAACAGGACGUCCUCAUUGCCCUUUUGCUAUUUGUGAACUAAUAAUUUUGUCCUUGCAUCUGGAUUUACUCAAACUGUGCCAGCCUCUGAUUUUAUCAUUAGUUAACACAUAUUUAGAUGUGAUAAUUAUUUACUUGUAUUUUACAUAUCAUUGACAGUGUUGAUAUGGUAUUUAUGAAGGACAGUUCUUUAUAAACCAUGUUUUAAGUAAAUGGCAACCUUGUAAUAAAAAAUGUAGAACUUAACGCCAUUGUCUCUGUGAAACUAAAGAAAUAGCAUAGUAGUAACUGCUGCAGUAUUCUUUAUUAAAUCUGUUCAUAAAAAUGAAACCAAAGUUGUAUUAGAAUAACAGUUUGUGCCAUGGUGGAGAGGGUGUUGAUGAAUAGGCCUAUUAUUCCAGUUUUAUGCUUUAUGAAGAAUGCAGUUUACAAUCUCUUCAGUGCUUUUAUGUGCAAAUAUAGACCAUUACUGUGAAUGUAAAAACCAUAAACAUGAGAUGCUUGACAGUGCUAAGCAAGCACAUUAAAAAUAACUAGUACUAAAUAACUGUGUGUUGCCUUACUUUACAGAAUAACUGAAUGACAGUUCAUUCAGUUAAUGACAACUUGUAUUUUCUGCUAAUAAAAUAAAAGUAUUGCAUUCACUGAUGAGCCACAACAUUAAAACCACAUUAUAUUGCCUUUAUCCCACAUAUCAAGGGGUGGGAUAUAAGCAGGAAAACAUUUCUUGAAGUUGCGUUUGAAACAGGAACAACGGGGAAGUCUAAGGACCCGAGUGACAAGGAUUUGAAUUGUGAUGACUAGAGGCCUGGGUCAGUGUAUCUCUGAAACAUCAGGUCUUGUGGGGCGUUGAAAUACUCCCUUGUUGCACCCUGGGGAGUGAAGGCUAGCCUUACUGCUCCGAUCCCACAGAAGAUAUUCAGUUGUUUCAUCAAAUUUUAAAUGUAUUAAUUCAUAAGCUCACUUCUCAGGGACCAUGCCAGAUGAAGCACACUUCAGAAAACCUGCAUUUCUGACUAACAUACAGUUCUGUC